CUUGGGGUAUUUUGAUGAAAUAAAAGAAGAAGAUAAAAAUCUUUAACGUGUAGUAUAAGAAAUGUAAAGAGAAGAAAAAGAUCAACUUAAUGGUUAUAGUGAUUUGGUCUAAUAGACCUACAUACACUUUCAAAGAUUUUGUUUUCUUAUAUGUGGUGAGCUGGAGAAGGACUCAGCUGGAGUUGUUUUGUGAUAAGUAUCACGCGUCUGUUCGGGUUUUGGGCAUGCAAGUUCUGCCACUGUGCGCUGCCAUCGACGAAUCUCCGUGGUUCCUAUGGAUUUCGUUAGAAUGUUGGAGUUAUUUUGGAAGGUGUCGAAGCUGCUAUUCAGCAGAGGAGGAAGUCUUUGAGUGGAAUCUUGGAUGUUUUUUGGAUCAAACGCACAUUUGGGUAAGUGGUUUAAUGACACUUGAGGCAAAGUGUGAUUUGAAAUUAUGCUCUUUGGGUGAAACUAAUUAUGGUUUAUGUUUACACUAGCUUCAUUUUGAGCAAAUCAAAAUAAGAAAGAGUUGUGGUGGGAUGCAAGUUUAUGUAUACACUUGCUAAAAAUGGAAUUUUAGUUUUUAUACAAGCCAAUUUUCUCCUCCCCUUCAAAGCCUAUGUAGGAUGUCACUACCUAAUAUAAAUUAGACAAUUGGUCCUUGCUUGAUAAAUCAUCGUUUCAAAAACUAAUUCAUAGAAAAGCCAACGUAUUCGUCUUACUGCACACUAACUGUGUGUACAAUGUAUUUGCAAUCGCUAAAGUUUUUUUUUUUAUUAUUAUCAUUUGAAUAAGGCCCUGUUUCAUAAAAUUAGUUUCAUAAAAUUAGUUGUCUGUUCUUUUUUUUAUACAUUUCGUAAUUUUUUUGUUUAUAUUCAUGUAUUUUGUCAAAAUGAAUUCAGUUACUAUUGUCUUUUCUUUUAGUUAUUAGGUUGAGCCUACAAACAUCGGAAAGAGACUAGACAAUUUUCCUUAAAUUUUUAUACAAUGGGUGCCUGAUUCUUCAAAAUGUUCUUGGGUACAUAUCCUAUUUUUUGUGCAUUUUGACUAAACAUUGCUCAUUUUGAAAGUUUGUGGUACCUUUUAUUGUGGACCUCUUGUUAUGGAUUCUACUCUAUGAAUUGACAACUAUGCAGAUUAAGAAAAAAUUUUAUUGCAACCUCGGCUUACAUAACCGUCUUGUAUUUAAUAGCCACUCAAUUACUUUUAGCAUUAUGAUAUAUACUUAACUUAAUGUUUACAUCGACAAGCCAUUUUCUCAUUAAGUUUGUAGUAUGGUAACUUAUCACUUAUAAUAUAUAUAUUUUUUUUGUAGCAGGACAGAGUGAAUCAAUAUAUACUUAACAAAAUUUAUUCAAUUUUUUUUUUUCAAGUUUACAUUUCAUGGAUGCCUGGUAACAAUAUACACUCCCUUUUGAGUUUGUACAGGACUUGGUAAUGGUAAUGUAAAGUUAGUUACAUGUUAAGAUAUGGUAAUGUUCCCUAGGUUCUUUCUGUUCUUUCUUCUUUACUUCCUUUACAGUUGUACCAAGAUUGUAUAUGACUUGGGGCAUCUUAUAGAAUUUCCCUAAAGUCGAAUCCCUUUUGUUUUUUUCCCCAUUUCAAUUAACCAUAAAAUAGUGUUUAUAUUGUCAUUUUAAUUUAUCAUAAAUUGAUUAGUGCUUGAUUGUGGUAAGUGAGGAGAUAUAUACUUGUUACCUCCUUGGUCAUUAGUUGGUCUACCACUGAGGCAAGUACUUGAAACCCCGUAGCUUGUCAUCUUUCUUUAUGCGAUUCAAAUGGUGGAUGAUUUGUGAUAUGUUUCCAUUUGUUAGGUAUUUUAUUCAUUGUUAGCUUGUUUUUUUCUUGUUAAGUGUGCUAUUCAUUUUGUGUUUUGUAUCGUAAAGCUUUAUUUGAUAGAUGGUUGUAGACUUAUUCAACUUAAUAGACAUAUUUUGAGUUUGACAUGAUCUGUAGAAUAGUAAAAACUGCUUUUCUUGAAGUACUUAUAGAAAGAGUCUAACUCUAAGGACACGAUUCUCGAAAUUAAUCUUUAGAGUUCUACUUUCUUAUUUGACAUAUGGUUGUUAAGAGUUCUCAUUUCUUAUGUUAACUACUUGUAUUUGUUGGCUUUUGAAAUCACUUCUUUCUCUAGAUUUUGUGGUUUAUUGUGAUAUUUGUUUGGAUUGAUGGAAUUUUGAACUUUGCUGAAUUUUUGUUUUUUGGCUUUCCAUUUCAUUGAUGGAACCGAGUUCAUGAAUAUAAAGAUAUCAUUGUGAUCUGUUGAUGAAUUUGGGUAGAGACAUUGUGAAAUUGAGGUCUGUGAAGCUUCAUUUUGCCUUACAAACAGCCAAUCACAAGUGCUUACUGGAUUUUGUAAAGGAAGAUAGUUUACGGAAAUCAGCAAAAAAUUGCAGCAAUUCCCACAGCCAGUUUAACAACAAAGUUUUUCAAUUUAAGGAGAUAUUAACGAGGUUAAGUAGAAAGUUGAGGAUUUAUUUUCCUGCUGGGCUUCUAUUUCUAUAAAAACAUUUGGAACUGAAUAUUAAGGAGCACCAGAGGUAUGUCAACGAUAAAAAAUGUAUAAUGCAGUCCUUGAGGUUAGCUUCUGUUUACUUCUGCCACAGCUCAAGCAUCAGAUCGUUCAUACUACUACCAUCUGGUUUUGUUUUUGGCCUGUGAAUUCCCCCCUCCCAAUUUAAAAUUUUACCUUUUUUUCUUUUUCCUUCAGUCCUCUCUUUGUAUAUUCAAUACCUUAUCACUUAUGUUUGUCACUUCUUUCUUAGAUGGUGAUGUAGUUACUUUAAUCUCAUGAUUCAGGCAUAUCGUACAAUCUGUUGCAUGUUUUCAUGUCUAUUGCAAUAGUUAUUAACUGUUCAAGUGUGUUUGGGAGGUUGCUAGGUUUAAUACUUCCUUGUGGACGUUGGUCACUAGGUCUUUUUCUCUUUUUCCUUCAAUCCUCUUGUCGUGUAUAAUACUUAUCGCUUAUGCUUGUGACUUCUUUCUUAGAAUUGUGAUAUUAGUUACUUUAAUCUAUUCAUGCAUCUGGUACAAUCUGAAUAUUGUUCAUAUUUACAAAUCCAAUACACUAGCUAUUAACUGUUGAAGUGUGUUUGGCAGGUAGCUAGGUUUAACACUUCCUUGUGGACGUUGGUCAUUCUGCCUUUUUAUAAUUAUGAGCACAAUCUUGUUCUUUUGAAUUAGAGUAAUUUUCUGUAGAGCUUGCAAAAUAGGGGUGUCACUAGUCCUGUUGUUAGUGGUGGUUAUGGACUACCAUCACUGGAUUGUGUGGACAGGUAUUGUAUUACUCCUAUUCAAAUUAAUCAUUUAGCUUGAAUUAGGAUUCUGCUUUUCAAAAUUUCACUAGCUUGAUUUAGUUUGUUCAUUCAAAUUCUUUUUCUGAAAACCUUUGUAAGGAUUGAGUGGUAAAAAAAUGAUCUUAUAAAUACUUGUAUCUAGA